AUGUCAAAGUUUGCCUCUUAUAGCCGGCAAAGCGAGGACUACCAGUCCCAGGGCACGCCUAUUACAGAUAUCAAUCAUGAUGACCGCUCUAGCAAUGAGUCUGACAUUCCUCUGAUGGAGAAGCAGUUGAAUCCUCGCAAGAAAACUAGUCGAUGUCGACGCUUGUUGCAUACUUUUAGGGAGGCAAUGAAAAGCCCUAUUCUCAUUGCUAACCUAUUGCUCUUCCAAGUUGGCACUGGCAGCCUUUUCCUUGCCUGGAGUCAUUCUCACCGCUUCAAUGGCCAUUUGAAAGACUUGUCAAUGCACUCUCCUUUGUUGAACGAAAUUGAAGUGCCUAUGGUAUUGCGCAAAAGUUAUGCGCAGUACGGCAUGGGCGGCCCCGAAAUAUGGCGUGCAGAGCCCAGUGAAGAGGUGGACAAAGCAUGGGAACGUGUGACGGCCGAGUAUCUAUUCCCCGUGAAGAAAUCCGACAUCAUUGCUAUGCGAAAAGACCCAUCUGUGGUCGUGCCAAUGCCGGAAAAAUACAAUAUUGACGGCGAAACAUCCUAUAUGGCGAAGUCAGCAAUGUAUCACAAUAUACAUUGCUUAGAUUAUAUUCGAAAAGCCGUUUACUACGAUCAUUAUUACCCCAACGGGACUGACGAUAACCCAUUUCAUGCGUAUCACACAGCACAUUGCAUUAUGAUCAUUUUUGAGCACUUGACAUGCUUCAAUGAUCCCGGUGUUUAUUUGUAUCGCUGGAUGGAGGAGUUUAACCGUCCAAUAGCAGACACAAAUAUUUGGCGAAAAUGUUGGGAUUUUGAAACUGUACUGGAAGAGCAUAAUGAAAAAGCAGUCCAUGAUAUGGUUGAGACAGAAGUUCGGAAGCCGCAUGGUGUAAAGAGCGUGCCUGCGCCGGAUGGGGUUAUGAAAAUCAUUAGAAACUACCAGAAAACCCACCCCGAAUACAAUCCUGGACAGUAA